AUAACUAUGCCCCAUAACUGUAUCGGUGCCUUGCUCCUACCCGGUCGCUCUAAACUAAACUAAACCUAAACCUAAACUUAAACCGAAAAAAACGAAACUAAAUCGAACCAAUUGCAAAACUAAACUAAGCCAGAGACCAAACAAAAUAGAGAAAAACUUGUUGAAGUGCUUUAAUUGAUGUGUGUGCCCAAUUGGCUGCCGAAUUGAGCGAGCGAAACGAGAAAAAGGAGUCUCCGCCGUUGCCGUCGCCUGGCAAAAAGGCAUGCAUCGGGCUCUCCUCGGCCUCUCUCAGCUCAGCUGCUCAACUCGUUGCCACAUUGCGACUUGUCGACUUUCAACCCAGAGACCGCUGACCAGGCCAGGAGUCGGCCUCCAGGAGCCAGGACGAAACAGAGCAGAGCGGAGCGGGACAGGCCAGUUAGUCCUCAGCCAUGGCUGCUGAAUAAUUAAUGCAGUUUCGCUACCCGGCAAAACUAAUUUAUGGCAUUAAAAAUGCAUAUUUUCUAGCAGUGCGUCUCUAGUUUUUAUAUCUAUUUGCAAACUGCCAGAAAAAGAAAAGUGAAUAAAGUGAAGCGAGUGGAAGGAGAAGAAAAGUGGAAGCUAAGACGACACGUUGGUCCAAAGAUUGGAUUUGACUGCGGAGGAUUUUGAAACCAAAUUCGAAUCCAAAAGUUCUUUAGUCAGCAGCAUCCAAAGGAACGCAGGAUAAUUCGCAUUUUACACCGGGGGACUGGCAACGAAAUGGCUUUCCUAUGUGCACCGCUGGCCAGAGUAAUGACAUGGCGACCAUUGGUGACAUAUCGAUGAUCUCACCGCCCACGUCUUCCAUUUCGAACGAUCAAGAUCCGUUUGGACAGCUGCCACCGCUACCACCGCCAUUGCGUUCCACCCAAGUGCUUCAGCCGCUGAGCGUGUUUCCAGUGUCCAAUUUGAGCGAAGAUUCCUACGAUUAUGUUUUUGGUGGUCGACGUAAGACUCCGCCCACAACAACGUCAACACAACUCAAGCUGACCUCACCGCCUGUGCGUUUGCGACCCGAAGACGCCUAUCGCGGAGCUAACAUAAACAACGGAAGGUUCUAUCGUCACUCCUUCAGCUACGCCCCCAAAAGGCAACGCCACUCGAGUCGAGAUGAUCGAGAUCGCGAGUCUAGAUUGAGAUGUCAUGGCGAGGACGAGGCCACACUGCGCCAAUUGCUGCUCGAUUUGCAAAAGCAAGUUAGCGUGAUGAGCAUGAAUCUGUCAGCGAAACUUGAUGAGCUGCAGCGGGGAGAUCGACACCUGGAGACGACGGUGGCUCUGUGUGAGAUACGCACCCAGCUCCAGGAGCUGACCAAGUCCGUGGAAAGCUGCCAGAGUGAAGUGUCCGAGGUUAAGCGUGACAUGGUGGCAAUCAAACACGAACUGGACACUGUGCAGCAGGUGAAGGAGGAAAUCGAGGAGCUGCGCGAAUAUGUCGAUCGACUGGAGGAGCAUACGCACAGACGGAAGCUAAGACUUUUAGAACAAGGUCUUACCUUCUUCCUCACCUAUUCGAUAUUCUCGGCGGUGCUGGGCAUGCUACAAUUUGGCUAUAAUACCGGCGUGAUAAAUGCACCUGAGAAGAAUAUCGAGAACUUCAUGAAGGAUGUGUACAAGGAUCGCUACGGCGAGGACAUUAGCGAGGAGUUCAUCCAGCAGCUGUACUCGGUGGCAGUAUCCAUAUUUGCCAUCGGUGGCAUGCUGGGCGGUUUCAGUGGCGGAUGGAUGGCCAACCGCUUUGGCAGAAAAGGCGGCCUACUGUUGAACAAUGUUCUGGGAAUUUCCGGUGCUUGUUUAAUGGGAUUUACCAAAGUUAGUCAUUCCUAUGAAAUGUUAUUCCUUGGCCGAUUUAUAAUUGGUGUUAAUUGCGGCCUCAACACAUCGCUGGUGCCCAUGUACAUCUCGGAGAUAGCGCCACUGAAUCUGCGCGGUGGCUUAGGUACUGUUAAUCAAUUGGCUGUGACUGUAGGUUUACUAUUAUCCCAAGUGCUGGGCAUCGAGCAGAUCCUGGGCACCAACGAAGGCUGGCCCAUCCUGUUGGGCCUGGCCAUCUGUCCGGCCAUCCUGCAAUUGAUCCUUCUGCCCGUCUGCCCUGAAUCACCAAGAUAUCUGCUCAUCACCAAGCAGUGGGAGGAGGAGGCGCGUAAAGCCCUGCGACGACUGCGUGCCUCUGGCUCCGUGGAGGAGGACAUCGAGGAAAUGCGUGCCGAGGAGCGUGCCCAGCAGGCCGAGAGCCACAUAUCGACCAUGGAGCUAAUCUGCUCGCCCACCCUGCGUCCUCCGCUGAUCAUUGGCAUUGUGAUGCAACUAAGUCAGCAAUUUAGUGGCAUCAAUGCCGUCUUCUACUACUCCACGUCGCUCUUUAUGAGCUCGGGAUUGACUGAGGAGAGCGCCAAAUUUGCCACGAUAGGCAUAGGUGCCAUUAUGGUUGUAAUGACCCUGGUAUCCAUUCCCCUGAUGGAUCGCACUGGUCGCCGUACCCUGCAUCUGUAUGGUUUGGGUGGAAUGUUCAUCUUCUCCAUUUUCAUCACCAUUUCGUUCCUGAUCAAGGAGUUUUUUGGUUAUGUGCAGGAAAUGAUUGACUGGAUGUCCUAUCUGUCGGUGGUGGCCACCCUUGGAUUUGUCGUCUUCUUUGCGGUGGGUCCUGGCAGUAUACCCUGGAUGAUUACCGCCGAGCUCUUCUCCCAAGGACCUCGGCCAAGUGCCAUGGCCAUUGCAGUGCUGGUCAAUUGGAUGGCCAACUUUGUGGUUGGCAUUGGAUUCCCCAGCAUGAAGACUGCCCUUGAGAACUAUACGUUCUUGCCGUUCAGCGUAUUCCUGGCCAUCUUCUGGAUAUUCACCUAUAAGAAAGUGCCCGAGACCAAGAACAAAACCUUCGAGGAGAUCCUGGCCCUCUUCCGGCAUAAUAAUGGCAGGAGUAUGCUAAACUGCACAAAUAGCUUGGAGCCACAAAGUAUGAAUUCUGGCAUCGAGCAUGCCGCCUUGAUGGUAUCUGAGGAGAAGACCCAACAUGACUCACCUGCAUCCGAGCGAUUUUUAGAAGGCGGCCGAAGUACACACCAGGGCCGGAACGUUGCCUCUGCGCCCCAUCACCCUCGUCAGCCUCCACCUGUCUGCCCGAGCAGCGGGCCUUGACUGAGGAGCGCCUCGCCUCCUGACUCUGCCAGUGUUCGUUCCACGAGUCGCGCUGAGGAGCACCACCAUCAACAUCAUCAUCAUCAGCAGCAGCAGCAGCAGCAACAGCAGCAGCAACAGCAGCAGCAGCAGCAGCAGCAACAGCAGCAACAGCAGCAGCAACUCCUCCAGCAGCAGGUGCACCAUCAAUCCCGUAUCCAAUAUCCCACACACGAAUACGUACACUGUAGCUAUGAGAAGGAAGUCGUAUGUGAUCAAGCCAAUCCCUUGCCAGUACAGCCACAGGCACAGCCACCAUCGCACCACUGCCAGCAACGCAAGCAUAGCCACAGCCACAGUCCGCACCACAGUCGCCACACGUCGCCGCAUGCCACCAGCACCACCACCACCACCACCCAUCAUCAGGCACCAGCAACGCACCAGCACACGCACCACAGUCGCCAUCGGAGGCGUCGCCAGGGUAGUGGCAGUCUGCCUGGAGCACAUGGUCAUGGGGCAAGUCACUCGGCCGUGCGUCCAUCCUCCAUGUGCACGAGUCGUCGGCAUCGAUCUGUCACCGAGUUAUCCUCGCAGACGUGCCAGGAUCCCAGUUGCACGGAUCGUGAGGUUCAGGAGAUUCUAGUGAGACGCACUUGUUGCAACACGGCCACCAAUAGCUCUUCGCGCACUGAACUUGCCCAGUGCUUUGCCGAGGAUCUGUAUGGUUCCUCCUCGCGGCGUCCCAGCAGUUGCUGCACUUCCUCGGAUUACUGCUACCAGACGGAUUCCACAAGUCUGUAUGGUUCGAGAUCCUCGCUGAGUCGGAAUAAUUCCAUAAAGUCUGCCUCGGCUUUGGUGCGAAAACAUCACAGGAGUCAAAGGAGUUUAAUGCCAGAGCAUCGUCAGCCGAGUUACACCUCCAUUUCGUUAAGGGGUCUGAAUGCCAGUCGUCCCAAUAGUCAGUUGGGUUCCCUCACAUCGAUCUUUGAUCGGGCCAAGAAUAUGGUUCCAGAGCAGGGAUCCACGCUGGAGAGGCAGAGUUCCAAGGGAGCUUUGAGUAGUACAGAGCUGCCAGAAUAUGCCUGCUCGCCAUCACCCAUUCGUUGGAGUUUCCUGGCCGAUGGCAGAUCACCCACAGAACUAGAGGGAACUCUGGGAAGCAGUGGCGGUGGAGGAGGAGGAGGAGCAGGAGGAGGAGGUGUCACCGAGCGAGAGGAAGAGGACAAGCUAGAUGCCUGGCAAGUGCCAGAACCCGAGCCGGAAAAGAAGCCCUGCAGGAAGAUCACAAGCACUACAAGUGAAACCUGCUGGAAGAGCUCCACUUCCGUUUAUGAUGAAGGACCCAGCACUUCGGCGGCAGCUGCUCGAAAGCGUCGCGGGAGCAAAGGAAGUCGUGGUAGCAAGGGAAGUGGCAACUAUCAUUGCGAAUUCGAGGAGGAAGCCACCACCACGGUGAUGUUCCAUCAGGAUGCCGGCGAGGCUUACAACAAUUGUUGCAGCAACAAUUACAAUUACAUCCAAUGCAACAGCUACCUGGAUCAGGAUCUGCAAAUCACCAGCGAGGAUAUCCAUCAGUACCUGUCCAAGGGAGAUGCCACAGCCAGUGAUAUCCUAAACAACUCCAAGAACUAUCCCUUCCAGCCGAGCAAUGCCCUGGAGUUUCAGUACAAGAACAACUUCCAGCAGGGACAACAAAAUGUGGCAAACAACAAUACGAAUACCACAAACACUGCCUCCAGUGAUGCAGCCGAGUGCUUCCAGAGCUACCACAGAGCCAACUCCAAGGAGACCAAUCUCAAUCAGAGCUCCACGGAGCAACUCUCGCCCACGAACAUAAAUCUAUCGACGAGUUCGAACAACAUAAAUAUAGUAUUUAGCAGCAGUUUGGAACGGAAUGCCAAUGAGGUGAAGUUCAUUAACAACCGGAGUAGCAGUGGAGGAGGAGCAGGAACCUCCGAAGUGGGCUGCGAAGGUCAUCAUGCUGGGUACCUGCCCUACACCUAUCCCAGCUAUGAUUACACCAACAUGUCUGGGAAUUCGCACUUUGACAAGCCUUUAGGCAUAGACGAGUUGCCCAAGGAGUUUGCUGGCAUGGAUUUGGGAGCAGGUGGUGGAGCCUCCACAACCAGUGAGCACUCCUCCUCACUGCCCUCGCCACAGCCCUUGACGCAUCACCAGCAGUUGCAUCAUUUCGAAUCCUUUGAUGCCGCCUCCGAACAUAAUUUGCUAGCACAACCCCUGUCGCCAGGAUCACCACUCUCGGGAUCCGUGAAUCCUGCCGGGGAUGACUUUGUGCAGAUGCAUCAUUAUCAUCACGCUGCCUCCUCGCCGCACUCGCAAUCGCAAUCCCAAUCGCAAUCGCACCCGCACCACAGCCAUGCCCAUGGCCAUCAUGUGCACCACGCCCACUCGCACCACCAGCACACCGCCUACCAUGACCUUGCCCUAACCGAGGAGCAAUUCCGGUUGGGUUCGGCCCUCAAGCGGGUACGCAAGCGAGCACGCAAAUACACCGAUUUUCUUCGCAAAAAGUGAGAGCGAUAAAUGGUUGGAUUAGCAAAGGAACCUACAUCCUGCCCCUACAUCCUCAUACCUCCCCCCUACAGAUUCACCCUACUUUGGCCGGAAGUAUCUGGUGGUAUCGAAGCGACGAUCACAGAGCCUGGACGAGGACUAAUUGUGUGGCGACUUGGAAAAAACAACAACAAAAACAGCCGCUUGAGAACCAUAAUUACCAUUUAAUUACAAUUUGUACACUGCCAAAAGAAAAUAACAUAAAGGAUGAGAAUUAACAUUAAUUUUUGUGCUAAGCCAAAGCGAGGAUCACACAUAAGGACACAGACUAAGAGACACUCGAGCACAGUGGGGAGAGUGGGGUAUUUUUAGGGGUAGAAAAUGGGUAAAAGAUGUUGAGAGUGAGCUUGGGUUUAAUUUAUGAUAUGUUUAUUUAACAAAUUUUAGGGAAUCUUAAGAAAUAGGCAUUAGAAUUCAAUUAUUAAAUGAGAAACUUUGAUUUCGGAAAGAUAAACCUAUAUUGUAUGCCUUAUUUUUAAAGGAAAUGGUAUCCAAGGUUCUUUUUGGAUACAAUAAUCGAAGCUACAACUAUGAUUUACAGUUUUUCUUUCUUUUAAUCUAACUGAAAAGUAAACAACUUCAACAUUUUCCAAUUAAAUAUCUUCAACAAUUUUCCAAAGCUUAAUUUCAACAUCUAAUACAUAUAUUCUAUCCCAAAAAACGACCCACUCAAUCCACAAAGCACAAAAAAAUCUCACCCAUACGAAUCACAUCAGCUACAAAAAACACAAGAGGAAGCAGAACAACGACUAUUUUAAAUAAUGAAAAGAAUACAAAAUACUUAAGCUAACAGUGCGUAUACAUAAUAAUAAUUACAAGAGAUAGGUGCGAAAAAAUGGGGAGAGAACAUUUGUAUAUUCAACUUAAACAUUAAGCAAAGGUUUUGAAUUUGCAUAUUUAAAUUGACUAAAAAAAAACCCAUAUACAUAGAUAAGAGCCAAGGCAAAUGGAAAUAAUAAAGCACACACACACACACACACACACCACACACCUACUCAAGCCUAGAUGAUAGAACUAAAAAAAACAAAAAAAAUUAACAAAAAAAUAUAUUAAAAUAAAAGGAAAAACAGUUAAAAGUUAGCUAUAAGGAAGGAUCAGAUCGAAGCGGCGCCACAAGAUUUAGAGUUUCAGCAACCGCAACUGCGACUAAAUAAUAAUAAAUAAAUAAUUAACCAUUAAUUAACAAAACAAAAGCAAACGACAACAGCAACUGUAGGUUGGCACACUCACACACACACACACGAAAAGUUUAAACAAUUAACCAAAAAAGAGUUUAGAUUACGCUGAUAAAAUGAGAGAGAGAGUUUUGUUAUCAUUUAUUUGAUAUGCGCAUAUUUUUAUGAUUGAACGAGCUUCUUCAGGGACUGCUUGCGAAUUUUUGUAAUAAAGCAAUAAAGCCAUUUUGCUCAAAGGAUUAAAUACGUUUCCGUUUUUCCAAUCCCCCUCACAAUUUUCCCCACUUCUCGAUGGAGAAAAGAUCACUUUUCAAUUUGCUCGGUUUCGUUUCAAAGUGAAUUAAUCCCCCAAAAAACAACUACUGUCUUCCAAUUAUACUUUCUAGUCGUCGUUGUCGUAUCUCUUGUAGCCUCAGUUUGCUUUCGAAAAGUUCAGAAAUUCGAAAAAGAAAUGAAAGAAAGAAAAACCAAUUGAAAAUAUAUAAAAACUAAAUGUAAACUAAGCACUCCAACUUAAUUUAAUAGCCGUUGAAUCAGACGUACCUUGCGUGAGGGAGAACAAAACGAGAGAAAUUUGUACAUAACUGCUGUUGAUUAAUUAAUAACCUAAUUUACGACUAACUAACUAACUAAAAUGGGAACUUCAUUUGUGUAGUCAUUAGCCGAGGCGAAUCAUUAUGAAUUAGUGAAACCGAAAAUAAUAAAUAUAAAUGCACUGCCAAAAAAAAAACAAAGGUUUUAAGUAAAUGAACAACAAAUAGAUCGAACUGGGGAGUGGAGUCCUUCUACCUCCCCCCCAAAAAAAUAAAUUACAAAGUUCACGAAACAAAUAAAACCGGAAAAUCGAAUAAAAACAAGAAAACUGCUGUAAAUAUAAGAAUGAAUACAUAUAGAGAAAUCAUAGACAUUUUUUAAUGGCACAUUAAUUAACGAGGAGCAUGCAAUUUGCAGAUUUUUUACAUUAUAUUUUAAUGAACUAAGCGAAAAAAAACAAUAAUGAGUUCAAUGAGAAUGAUGAAACAAAAUACUGAACAAUUAAAAAAGCAAAAACAAACGAGUUAAAUGCCAAGCGGCCGCGCGAUUUUGUAACAAAAUCAAAAGACAGAAUGUUAACAUUGCGUAAAGUUAAAAAAUAAACAAAAAAACACACAAUAUAGACAUAAAAAAACAGACAGAAACAAAUAAAAAAAGGAAAAGGCGAACAAAAGAACACGGCACCGGAAAUGGUAGCUAAAGCUAAAACGGAAACGGAAACGGACUUUUGGUUGUGAGUUCGAUCCGAUGGCCGAACUGACACUACUUCUAACUGUAAAUAACAGAUCAGAUCCGUAACAAUUAGCCGUAAAUAACACUCAAAACACACACAGAGACACAGACAGAGACAUUAUCCAGUAAUAGGAAAAAAAAACAGACUAUGGGAAAUAGCCAAGCCCCAAGGCGGCUUUACCUUUUUAACAUUAAAAAGUUCACGUAGCGAAAGGACACAAAAAAGAUACUCUUACCAGAUACUUUCAAUGUAGAGGGAGAUUUGCGAACUCGACAAAAAGGAUAAUCACACUGCAAGAAACCCCAAAAGCAAAACCAAAGCCAGCUGCAAAGAAUUAGUGAGAGAUGCCGUUUGACAAACACACAUAUAAAUAUAUAUAUAAAUAUAUAUAUAUAUAGCAGAAUUAACACAAUUAACAAUUACACAUCAUCCCCUAGAGGUUAUUUGUACAACGUUUCUUUGUUUGUUUGUUUUUUUUUAUACCUACAAGUAUUUGUACCUUAGUUUUGUGGCUCGGAUUUGAGCGGCGUUCUAGCAUUUGUCAUAGCCACAUAUAUAGUUGUGUACAUAACUAGUUAAAAUUGUGCAUACAGAAUGGUUAUCUUAAGUAUAUAAAUACACGCAAAGGUGAAUAUUAGAGAGGCCCAGAUACAGAUACAGAAACCAGACAAAGAUACAGAUACAGACUUGACACUUGACAAAUUCUCUGAGACAUGAGAUGCGAUCCCAGUUUGGAUUGGCUAGUAAAUGGCGAAAUAAUAAUUAUAUUAUUAAUAUACAACAAUAAACUUGAACCUAGGUAUAUGAUUCUGAAUUUAAAUAAUUUUUAGUAAAUCAGAACAAACAAAAGCAAGAGA